UCCGUUGUUGAUUGAUUUCAUGUUUAAGCUAAAUUUAAGUGCAAUUAGUAGUUAUGUAUUCUUCAUCUGUGAGGACACGGUGUUCAAAUAAUCUGUGGUAUAGUACUAGGAGGUGUUUAGCUGGAAGUUCAGAAUCUCCAAAACCCUUCAAACAAAUUCCUGGACCCCGUGGUCCUCUUGGACUAGGCAAUCUCUACCAGUACAUUCCCGGAAUAGGAAAAUAUAGCUUCGAUGCCCUGCAUGUGUGUGGUAGAGACAAGUACGAAAAAUAUGGCCCCAUCGUACGUGAAACCAUGGUCCCUGGCCAGGACAUCGUUUGGCUGUAUGACCCCCAGGACAUAGCUGCCGUGUUGAAUGACAAAACUCCGGGAAUCUACCCUUCGCGCCGAAGCCAUACUGCUCUCGCCAAAUAUCGACGGGAUCGCCCUAAUGUGUACCGAACGGCGGGUUUGCUGGCCACAAACGGUAUCGAGUGGUGGAAGAUACGAUCGGAGCUGCAGAAGGGGUUGAGUUCACCUCAAAGCGUGAGGAAUUUCCUGCCUUUGACGGACAAGGUCACUAGGGAGUUCGUGGCCAAUAUGAAGACGACUGACAGUGAUUGCGCCCCGGAUUUUAUGCCUGCUAUUUCGAGACUUAACUUGGAAUUAAUUUGUCUAAUGGCUUUCGACGUCCGGUUGGACAGUUUCUCCGAAGAGCAGAUGAAACCCAACUCCCUGUCUUCUCGACUGAUGGAGUCUGCAGAAGCCACCAACCAGAGUAUCCUACCGACAGAUCAGGGCUUCCAACUGUGGAAAUACUUCGAGACUCCGGCCUAUCGGAAGCUUCGGAAAGCACAAGAAUUCAUGGAGAAAACCGCCGUAGAAUUGGUAUCGCAAAAGUUACUCUACUUUGACGAAGAUCAGCAGAAGAUGGCCUCCGGGCGGCAUCGUUCCAGAUCACUUCUGGAGGAAUAUCUUCGGAAUCCCAACUUGGAAUUGCACGACAUCAUCGGAAUGGCAGCUGAUUUGCUUCUCGCAGGUGUUCAUACUAGUUCGUACACAACGGCAUUCGCCCUCUACCACCUGUGUCUCAAUCCGGACGCUCAGGAUAAGCUGUACCAGGAAGCAUGCAAGAUCCUACCCGAUCCGUGGGAGUGCCAAAUCGAUGCUGCUGCUCUGAACUCAGAAGCAACCUACUGCCGGGCGGUGCUGAAGGAAUCCCUCCGCCUGAAUCCCAUUUCCAUUGGCGUAGGACGAAUCCUGAACAAUGAUGCCGUACUGGGCGGCUACCACGUUCCCAAGGGGACCGUCAUAGUCACCCAGAAUCUGAUCUCCUGUCGGCAGGAAAAGUACUUCAAGAACGCCAGCAAAUUCAUUCCGGAGCGAUGGAUGCGAGACACCAAAGAGAAUGUCAAUCCCCAUCUGGUGCUUCCGUUCGGCCACGGGAUGCGUUCGUGCAUUGCCCGGAGGAUGGCUGAGCAGAAUAUGCUGGUGCUGUUGUUGAGAUUGAUUCGAUCGUAUGAGAUUGACUGGGUGGGGCGCGUUCCCAUGGGAAUCGAAACCAAGCUCAUCAACCAGCCGGAUCAACCGAUCAACAUUUCGUUUAGGUCGAGACAAUUGUGAUUGCAUUUUUGUUUUU